CAAAUUUAUCACAUCUAUGGACACGAAAGUAGAUCCGUGCGACGAUUUUUACGCGUACUCGUGCGGCGGAUGGAUUAAAAAUAAUUUCGUCCCAGAUGGUGCCUCUCGAAUCGAUGAGUUCCAGAUACUCUCUGAACUUACAAUGUACAAAAUCAAAGGAGCUAAGGUGAACUCGAAGCAAAUGGCCAAAGACCUGCUUACUUUUCAAAGGCAGCUAAAGGAUAUUAUGACAAAAUCUGAUGCAGAGGAGGAUCAACUGAAACAAUUCCAGCAAAUAACUCUUAAUCAACUGCAGACUAUCACCAACUCAAAUUCCUCAACAUUUGUCUGGUUGGAGUACUUCAAUGACGUCUUGAGUGGCCUUAAAGACAAACUUGACAAAAACUCUCCUAUAAUCUUGAGAAAUGGGCAGUAUUUUGAACAAUGGCCACAAAUUAUGCGGAAUACCAACCCUGAAACGAUUGAACUUUACAUUUGGUGGAGAAUUUUCUCGUCCUUGGCGCCGCACACAAUAACCGAGUUCCGCGAGAUGAGGGAAAAACUCAUGCAGAAAAUGAGUGGCAACCGCGAUUUGGUCAUUCACAGGUGGAAAACUUGCGUAGAAAUGGUCAACAAGGCGUACGGAAUGACCAUGGGCUCUGCGUAUACUCAAAAACACUUUGACGCAAGCAUAAAAAAUGAGGUGGUCAAAAUUAAAGACGAAAUUCGCAAUGCAAUCGAGGAUACUCUGAAGAAGCAGGAUUGGAUGGACGAGCAAACUAUCAAUCUAAGUUUGGAUAAAAUCAGAGCAACUGAAAUAAUCAUUGGUGUCCCCAAAGAGCCACAAAAUUCUGGCGAGCAAAAUGAAUUCUACCCUGAAGCAGAGCGGAUGAACAUUGAAAUACUCAAUAAGGGUUUCUUCGAGGCCAAUUUGCAACUUCUUGCCGCUUUUGAGGAGCACAAAUUGCGCUUGUUGAGUGAAAUAACUCAAAGGAACAGAAAAAAUUUCUUCAGCCCCCCGACUGACGUGAACGUUUUUUACAACGAGGAAACAAAUUUAAUAACUCUCCCAGCUGCCAUCUUGCAACAUCCGUUUUACAACCUUGGACUCGACGCUUUGAACUACGGAGCGAUCGGUGCGCUCAUUGCUCAACAAUACAUUCACGCAAUAGACAACAUUGGCCGGCAAUACGAUCUCAACGGUAACCUGAAUCAGUCGUGGUCUGAAGAAACUCUGACCGCAUACAAUGAGCGCUCUUGGUGUCCAGUAGACCAGCAAAAUGGUUUCAACAGAGAACUGCCAAGAGGAAAAUUUUCGUUGAUUGGAAAGUCCGCACAGGCUAAGAAUGUGGCAGGCGUUGACGGUCUGCGGGAAGCCCUGAAGGCGUUCAAAAACCUCCAAUACAAACUGGAUGAAAUGAUUGUCGCUAGAAAUGUCGCAUUUCCAGCUCUUGAACAGCAUUCCGAGGAACAUCUAUUCUUCCUGGCAUUCGCCAACAUGUUCUGCUCUCGCGAAUAUAAAUCAACUGAAAACAGUCAUAAUCGGCUUAGGGUGAUCAACACCGUCUCCAAUAUGGGAGAGUUUUCCGACCUGUGGAAUUGUCGUGCAGGCUCGAAAAUGAACCCUGUCGUCAAGUGUACGCUGUGGUAA